GUUAAUUAGGGAUGCAUGACAGUUUGGUGGAACUGGGUCACUUACAAAAUCUCUUCCUCUUCCCCCCCCCAAACAGCUGCAGAAAUACAAAGAGUACUGAAUCAACUUGGAACCCCACAAGACACUCAUGAAUUGCGGCAACAGCUGCAACAAAAGCAGCAAUAUACAAACCAACUUGCCAAAGAGACAGACAAAUACAUAAAAGAAUUUGGAGCUCUGCCUUCAAUAAGUGAGCAGCGUCAGAGAAGAAUACAAAAGGAUCGACUAGUGAAUGAGUUCACCACGACACUUACAAAUUUCCAGCGAGUCCAAAGACAGGCUGCUGAGAAGGAAAGAGAAUUUGUAGCAAGAGUUCGAGCCAGUUCUAGGGUAUCAGGUGGUGCCCCAGAAGAAAGCUACAGAGAAGGGACCCUUGUAUCUUGGGAUAGCCAACCUCAGACUCAAGUACUAGAUGAAGAAAUCACAGAAGAUGAUCUUCGGCUUAUUGAAGAGAGAGAAUCAGCUAUCAGGCAGCUGGAGGCAGAUAUUCUUGACAUAAAUGAAAUAUUUAAAGAUUUGGGGAUGAUGAUUCAUGAACAAGGAGAUGUGAUAGAUAGCAUAGAAGCUAACGUAGAAACAGCUGAAGUCCACGUUCAGCAAGCAAACCAGCAGUUGUCAAGAGCAUCAGCGUACCAGAGCAAGUCCCGGAAGAAAAUAUGCAUCCUCAUUCUCAUACUUGCAAUUGGACUAACUGUCCUUGUGCUAAUUAUAUGGGGAGCAUCAAAAGGAUAGGAUAAAUUAUGCAAGAGGCUUCUGGUCACGUCCUGUUGUGAAAGCUGUUCAGUAAAUGAUAUGUCAGUCUUGAUAAUUUCUGCUUUAUCACAAGGUGCAUUUUUAAUCCAAGAGUGCUUUUUCUUGUCUUCUGUAUUAGGAUUAAUUUGAAGUUAUCACUGCUAUCUAAUUCACCAAUAUUAGCCCUGGGAUAGGCAAGUCCUUAUAUAGUACCUACUUUUCAUUUCUUCUCCUCUAGGCCAAACUACUUGGAAUGUUGUGUACAAGGGUGUUUUACCUCAUUGGAUCAAGUGGGUCAACCUUUCACACAAGGAUCAAAGGCUUGAUAGAGGGUUGUGUGUGGGCUGUAAGUUGUCAAACACCAAUUAACUCUAUCAAUUUAACUGCAACUUUAUAGGGACAAAUAAAUUUUUUUACAAAGGCUGUCUUUCUGAUAGAAAUUUCAUAUUUCCCGUCUUUGAGAUAUCAUAUGUGUUGUUCAUUGAUUCAUUCCAUAAAUUAGAGAACGGUCUGCCCAUUUUUCUCACUCUGUGUAAAGUUUAGUUCUAAUAGGUUCUUGGAGGAUGCAGUCUUGUUAAUCUUUCCAAAAUGUGUGAAUUAAUUCUGCUGUUUCUCUUUUGCUUAAGAACUUUGUCUUUCUAUUGCCACAUUUUGAUGUAUAAACAUGGCACUGGGUAUCAGCAAACCUGACAAAGUUUCAUUGAACAAGAAAGUUUGGGUAAUAUCAAUUUUUGUGUGUAACUUUAAAGUUAAGACUUUGGGACACACUUAUAACUAGUUGUUUGCACCUUAAUUUAUGCACUCAUUAGGUGUUUGAAGUUUAAAGGCUAUGGGCAAAGUUAAUGUGUAUAGCUGCUUAACGACAAAUUUACCUGAACUUUCUAUGGUUUAGUUGCCCAUAGUAUGCACAUAACUCUUUGGAAAACUGUUAUUAGUUAUGUCGUGGAUUACAACUGAAUGAAGCAGUGGGAGUUCUGUGUAUGGAGUGGGUCAUGUAUCUGAAAUCCUACAUUCCUAUGUAUAUUUGUGUCCCAAAGGGUCCCCAAGGGGUGGAGGAAACUUUUAAACGGGGAGUGAAACAUAGUGAAUCAAAUCAUCUUGUUCCCUGUUGCAUGACCUCAGAUUCAAAAGGGAGAGAUCUUGCGUAGAGCAAUCAGUAACAAUUUGAGUUAUACUUGAACUGUUUCAAUCAACUGCCAUUAUGAACAGCAGAUCUUAUAUCCAAUUUUUAACAAAGCAAUUAAUCCUCUUUUCCUCAGCAUGUUAGUACCUGGGUACUGAACCUUUUGAUUUCUGAAGAAUUACAUACAGUUUAAUUGUUUCAAAAUGAUAGGUUUUUAAAAACUGCUUUUGGGGUGCCAUUUUGAGAUAACAUAGAUUUAAAAAGAUGUUAUUUGCCAGCUAAUCAGUUCCUUGCUUUUUUUAAAAACUUACUAAAUUGUACUGUAUAAAUUAAACUUAUUAAAUUGUACUAUAUAAAUGUUACGUUUUUUGUACAGCAGUUUGAUAGAGAAGCAGCAUUUACAGGAUAAACUCUUAAGACUUAAGAUUUGGGGAGAACUAAAGCCAAACCUGGAUUAUACCAUCUAAAUAAAGAUACCUUAAAAACUGAAUACUUUGCUG